UUCAGCUCAGUGCUCACGAUCCUAUCGCAAAAGAAGCUCCGUCCAAGCUACGGCCGUCCACGGGCACCUUUUCAAGUCGCAGUUUCUAGAACCACGUCAACUUCCCUCGUUUCCUGGAACCAACAAACGGUACAACGGUAGCAGCACCAGCAUGACGUUUAAGACGCUUGAGGCUCGCCUCAGGCACCUGUCUGUCCGCGAUGAGAACGAUUGGAACGAUGAGAAUAAUUCUCAGCAGAAGUCCAAGGGGCAGGCUGCAACCACCAGCACACGUUCAUCCGAUAGAAACCGACCGUCGGAAAGCUCCAGGGCUGUUAUUUCCCAAGGGGCUCAAGUAAAAGGCGAACAAUCUCCUCGGCGAUCUCGAAAGCCCCUCUCAGUCAUCUCGACGCAGGCACCCAAUAAACUGGCCAAGGCGGAGGGAAAAGACAUCAUUGGUACCAAGCAACAAAGCACAGCUGCCAAUCAUGUCGCCUCUCAAGUGUCUCAAACCAAAGACGAAAAAGCCCCUUCCCGGGCUCGACAUGCCCUCGCUGUGGUUAUUGUUUCACAGAAAUCAUCAGAUGCAGCGUCCAAGGCAGGAGAACACCAUGUUGGUGAAGCCAAGCGACAAAGCACAGUCGUGACUUCCCAAGUGACUCAAGCCAAAGGCGGACGACCUAUUCCCCUCGUUCGACGCACCCUUUCUACAUCCAACGCAGCGGUCAAGGCAGAAGAACAUUCCGCCCCGCUUAUCAAGCAACCUGUCCCCAAGAUAUUCCAUCUCGGCAUGUUUGAGAUUGGCCGACCCCUAGGAAAGGAAAAGUUUGGGCGAGUAUAUCUUGCACGAGAGCGACAGACUGGCUUUGUUUGUGCGCUGAAGGUACUGCACAAGGAUGAGAUCCAACAAGGAAGAAUCGAGAAACAGGUGGCUCGGGAAAUCGAGAUUCAGAGCAAUUUGCGCCACCCCAAUAUCCUACAACUAUACGGUCACUUCCACGAUAAGAAGAGAAUAGUCCUGAUUCUUGAGUAUGCUGGCAAAGGGGAGUUAUACAAGCACCUGCAAAGAGAGAAUCGCUUCCCGGAGUGGAUGGCUGCCCAAUACGUUGCACAAAUGGCGAGUGCUUUACGAUACCUACAUCGUAAACAUGUCAUACACCGGGACAUCAAACCCGAGAAUAUCCUUGUGGGUCUGCACGGAGAGCUGAAGAUGUCGGAUUUUGGCUGGAGUGUUCAUGCGCCAAGUGGUCGGAGGCUCACGAAGUGUGGAACACUGGACUACUUGCCGCCAGAGAUGGUCGACCCGAAGAGAUACGAGAAACCUUAUGAUGAAAAGGUGGAUCUAUGGGCCCUAGGGGUUCUUAUGUACGAGUUUCUGGUGGGAAGCGCACCUUUUGAGGACACGCCGGUUAUGACACAGCGGAGAAUCGCCAGGGGUGAUAUGACGAUUCCUUCUUUUGUUAGCUCUGAGGCCAAGGAUCUUAUCAAAAAGUUACUUGUGGUUGACUCCGAUCAGAGGAUAUCUCUGGAGCAAGUCCGACAACACCCCUGGAUUGUAAAACACUGCGAGGGCGUAGCAAAACAAGAUAAGCCCAGUCAAGUCAGUAGUAAGAGGUAGCUAUAGUUCAAUGCUAUCGAAGCCAUCGGAGGGGUCACUGGCCAGUGUCUCAAUUAGUGAUAGUAGUGCAUCAGAAUCU